AUGUGGUUUGCCUAUGGGAUACAAGAGGUUCCUGAUGACAUUGAUUUAGUUUCGAUCAUCGCCCACAGCGAGACUCGAACCAGUGACUUGAGGAUCGCCGUGAGAAGAUCUGGCUUCGGUUCACAUCACCGCCUCAAUUUUUUGCAGCCAGAAGUUGGGAAAACCCGUAGAAAUUGCUACACUCUUCCAGGCUACGGGUUCAACUAUGGGUUAUACCUUCACGGAAACGAUGGAGGUGUGCCGGAAGCCAUCGGCCACUGGAAUACGAUGAAGCCGAAAGCCGUCCUGGCAAAGGAGAAACCCCGCGACUACCAGGCCUCGAACCGUCAAGCGGUCAAGGACGGCUACGUCACGGCUCACGAGCACAACCUCUACCGCCAAACUAAGGAUUUCCGCCUGAAUGAGGAAGAUGAACGGCGCUUCAAGAGAGCCCCUCCAAAUGUCCCGGUGGACAUGACCUACGGGAGGCCAGCACGGCCCUCUACCCCUUUCUUCGAUCUGCUGCAGCACAAAUACAAAGAGAUGUGGAUGGAGCAACAAAGAGCACUCAUUAAAGCAGAGAAGGCCGAAAAACAGCAACAGAAGCGCAGGGGGAAGGUGUACGACACGCGCACGACGCUGCUGAGGAAGCACCAGCCCCCGAUGAAGGAGGAGCAUCUAUGGCGCAUCGCCCACUUUCAGAAGGUCGGUCCCCAUCUCUCCACCUUUGAGGACCAGAAGCGUUAUGAUAAAGCCAUGGAAGCCUUCCGUGCAGAAAUCCCUGUGAGGAUCGGGACCCUGGCACAAGGCCUCUACACCACCGGUUAAGAGCCAGGAUGGCCGGGGGGAACAAAUAAAUCAGCUCGUGUCCAAAAUGAGCAUUCUUACCGUGCUUAAUUGCAGGGUUUCCGUGUCAAGUCUGAAGAAGCUGGGUUGGUCUUGGUCUGGUCGAUUAAACUCACAAUUGUACUUGGCAUUAAAUAAUUCCUUAAGUAAUUAA